GCUCGAGCCGCCCUGCACGGGGCCUAGGGUACCUACACUAAAAGGCGCCUAGCGCAGGCAGGUGUUCGACCUCCGUCGACCGUCACUCCUCCAACAAGGCGGGUUCCCCAACAUCAAUCCUAAUCAUUUAUCAAAGGACGCCGCCGUAGCCUGUUUCUACCACCCGACUUACUCGCGCGACCUAUCCGUCUACUUUUUGCUCCGAUCCCCGCCACACUCACCGCAGCUCGAUUGAUUCCCCAACGGCUUCUUGAUUAAGCGCGCUUCCUCCAUCUAAGCGCUCUGGUCCUGCUCCUGCUCCUGCUGCCGGCCAACGCACUCCCCCGCACGCAUCCCGACGCCUCAUUCGGCAACGCCAGCCUGCCCCAAAAUGGCGUCUAGAAAGAAGGUCCUCCUGAAGGUUAUCAUCCUGGGCGACAGUGGUGUCGGGAAGACGAGCUUGAUGAACCAAUAUGUCAACAAGAAGUUCAGCGCCAGCUACAAGGCGACUAUCGGAGCUGAUUUCCUCACCCGGGAGGUGCUGGUGGACGACCGCCAGGUGACUAUGCAGCUUUGGGAUACGGCAGGACAAGAACGGUUCCAGUCUCUGGGCGUGGCCUUUUACCGGGGAGCGGACUGCUGCGUGCUCGUGUUCGACGUCAACAACUCCAAGAGCUUUGACGCAUUAGACAGCUGGAGAGACGAGUUCUUGAUUCAGGCGUCGCCCCGAGACCCGGAUAACUUCCCGUUCGUGGUGCUGGGGAACAAGAUUGAUGUGGAGGAGAGCAAGCGAGUGAUCUCAACCAAGCGGGCCAUGACGUUUUGCCAGUCAAAAGGAGGCAUCCCUUACUUUGAGACGAGCGCGAAGGAGGCCAUCAACGUUGAGCAGGCCUUUGAAGUCAUUGCGAGAAACGCACUGCUUCAGGAGGAGUCGGAGGAGUUCAGCGGCGACUUCCAGGACCCGAUCAACAUCCACAUCGAGAACGACCGGGACGGGUGCGCAUGCUGAGCCGGAGGGCCAUCGUAGUUUGCACCUUUUCGUAUUAUUCCAGGGACGGGGUGUGGUGACUUUUUAAUUGUAUGAUAUCAUGCUACGUGCGUCUGGCGUGUUCUUUUUAUGCGAAUCGGAGAGAAGGUGCUAUCCUCCGAUCUUGCAGGCUCCGAUGUAAACAAGACUGGAGAAUUAUAGAUUUGCAUCAAGCGUAACAGUCCUCCAGUAGCACUUUCAGGAUGUCGUAAUCUCAAUAUAUUACUGUUUGCUCGUUGUGGCGUUUCUUGGCCUGCGCAGACAUCUCCAAACAAGAAGACGGAAGGCUCUGUGUUGAUAGGGCUGAGGUGAGCAUCCGUCUGUUGAUGAUUGCCGGUAUGUCCCAUACUUCAAAUGCUUGAUCGAAUAUAUAUACAGAAGCAAUACGUACCAAACAAAUAGUUGAA